ACUGGUAUAAGGUUUGGCAAAUAUAUUUGUCACAGUUUUGUAAAAGUGAACUAUGUGUCGAUUUUAGAGGGAUCUAUAUGGUAAACAAAGGAAGUGGAUAUGUUGGUCAUUGUCUCUUAAUAUGAGGAUUAACUCGGGACCCCAACACACACCAAACAGAUUGUUAAAUACCGGAGAGUCAAUGGGAGUUUACGUAUCGAUCGAAAAGUUUUCAUUGAAAAUUAAUUUCGUUUUGAAUGAGCAAGAAUGCAUUCUUCUGUAAAGGAAGAUAAUUUUAUGUUGUUGAUCCAAGCUCUUCGAUUCACGAACAAGGGACUUAAACAAUACGUUGACAUUUGUCUGGAGGAUAUUUAUCGUGGGAUCAUUCGAAAUGUGUCCAAAGUUGUUCCAACCUGCAACACUUAUUGCAACAAUCUACCUGGAAAUCAAUGGUGUGGAUAUUGCGAGAAAUGGAAGAUAGAAAUAGAAAGUUAUGUUCGGCUUUCGCCGUUCAAGAACAAAAUAAGAUGGCAAGACAUUGACUUUGGAAAGUUAACAGGACCGGACGGAGAUCUGGCAAAAACUGAGUUAUUUUCUAUCUACGUCAAACGACAUCCAAAUACACCGGUAGAGUUUGAUAUUCAAGCAAUUUUAUCAUUGUUUCAGAACUGUGUUUAUUUUGACAUCGGAAAAAACAAGACUGUUCUUGAAUCUGUUCGCAACAUUAGGAAUAAACAUUUUGCCCACACGAUAAAUUUUGAAAUCACUAACAAGAACCUGAAAGAUUCAAUUGAUAAACUGAUUCUUUUGUUUCAACAUCCAUCAAUGCUGAAUCAUGGAAAUUCAAAGUCCAUCAUUUCCAUGUUAAAGAAACUGGGAAAAAAGAAUAUGGAAUUGGUUGAGACAAGUACGCACGAAGUCUGUAGACAGGUCUUUAAACUCCGAAACGAUUCUGCCACAGCACAAAACAAAAUAGACACCUAUUUAUUGCCACAGUCCACAAGAACAGGUGCCAUCAGAUCGAUAUGGGGACAGUGUCAUUACAUUCCCGUUUUCUUCAUCUUUCUCACAUCCUUCAUUACGGCAUAUUGGUUAAAGUUCGAGGCAGACACUAACACGAAAGAUUAUUGGUACUCUAUAAUGACCAGAGGUUCUCCUCAUGAACUCUAUAAUCCAAAGGGUUGCAAAAUCACUGAAUAUGAAUAUCCAUAUGCUGUUGACAUCGACUUUGAAUUCUAUCGUUCUACACAUGACAUGCUAGUCGGUCGAAAAUGGCUGCUUUACGAAUUGGAAAAUAUAAUGAGUUCUUCCCCUAGAGGUGUAAUGUUUAUAGCAGAAAUGGGAUAUGGAAAAUCUGCAUUAAUGUAUCAUCUCGCAUGCCAGGACGAUCAACGACAAGCAGGUUAUCCAAUAUACGAAAAUAUAUCCGUUUUCCAUAUUUGUACUUUUGAAUCGCAAAAGACAUUGCUUCCAGGAUUAUUUGUCAAAAAUAUGGCGGAGGGAUUUGCGAAGUACAUACCGAAAUUUAAACAGUAUUUGGAGCAACAUCGAAGGGUUAAAGAUUAUUUUGAAGGUGGAAAAUGUCUUGAGAAUGCAGAAGGAUGUCUUGAUUUUCUAGUUAUCAAGACACUUCAUCAACUCAAAAAUGAAUCAAAAACUCAUAUUGUCGUCAUAGAUGCUCUGGAUGAGUGCAUAGAAUAUGAUAAUAGAUUCAAUAUUGUAAGCCUACUUCUUAGACGAAUUACAACAUUUCCCAAAUAUAUCAAAUUUCUAACCUCCUCCCGUAAUAUUUCACGCAUAUCUCCACUAAACCGACAUUUAACUGUGUUUGAACAAAAAGCAGAUAAUGAUAAAAAUAUCAAGGACAUCGAUCUCUUUGUUACGGAGAAACUGCAGAAUGCUCAACUGAAGGAGAUCAGUAAUUUCAAAUCUUUAUUCAAACGUUCGGACGUGGACGAGAUCAGGAACAAAGCUGUGAAAUAUGGAAAAGGAAAUAUGCUUUUCGUAUUGCAUGCAUUGAAAUUGUGGAUUGACACUGAGCAGUUGUCUUUAGAUACCAUUCCUAAUACACUUGAAUCAUUAUUUUAUGAUGAAUUUCUUAGAAUAUUUGGAAACGAUGACUCUAAGUUUGGCAGUACAAGAAAAAUCUUAGAAAUAUUGUGCGCAAGCACUGAACCGCUGUCUGAGGACGAAAUUUUCGAAAUUGCCAACAUCCCUGAGGCUGAUCAGAUUAACAUGAUUAGGUUGAUAGGGAAUGAAUUAAGCCAUUUCAUCAGACUAGUUCGCGGGAAAGUACUAAUCCUACAUAGGUCGCUCUCGAAAUUUCUAACAAAUAACGAAAGGAGAAGAGAACAGUUCUAUAUAUCAAAACGAAACGGUUGUACCCAUUUGUCUUACUAUUUCCUAAGAAGUGUGAAUUCUAAACGGAGUUGCAAUGAUACUGAUAUUUUACAGUUAACAGAAUAUGUAUCUUGCUCGAAAAAACAAGAAUUGAAAGAUCUGUACCUAAAAUAUGGGAAACUAUUCUAUUCUAGUAUUCACUACAAGACAAAUUUCACGCAUCCUACAACGUCCCUUCUUCACCGAGCUGCACUAAAAUUAUAUUCUUACUGCAGUAUGUCUCUUUUUCUGGAUCUGUACUUAAAAUUACCGUCUGCACAUGUUGAUGAAAAUGACGAUGGAAAUAUCACUGCUUUGUACGUUGCUGCGGCCUAUGAUAAUCACGAAGGACUUGAGGCUCUUUUGAAAUAUGGAGGCAACGUGAAUUUUACCAGGUUAGGACCCAGAAUAAUAAAUAGUUCUUUUCAUGACAUGGUUGAAUUCAGCAAAAAUUCUACCCAGUGGGAGUACAAUCUGUUGAAUAUUGCAUCUCAAAAUGGACAUCUCAAUGUAGUUCACAUUCUUCUCCGAAAUAAGGUUGAUAUGAAACAUAAAAUUUCCUGUGGACUCGAUUCUUUCCAACUGGCUUCCGAAUUUGGACAAACUUCGGUUGUGAAAUACUUUCUCAUGUAUUACAUGAGUACAUUUCAUAACAGUUUAAAUUUCUCUCUUUAUCUGGCCUCUAAAAACGGACAUGAAGAUAUCGUAUCAUUAUUAUUGUAUCAUGGAGCUGUUGAUGUAUGUCUUCCAUGUACAGGGAACAUGUAUUGGACAGAGUUUCAUCAAACUCGUUUACAAGUUAUUGACAACGAUGUUGGUUUUCAGCAGUUUAACUACAUUUUUGAGGAUGACAGACGAAGGAUACGAUGCGAGACAGCGAUAGAAAUGACAACUCAAAAUGGAUACACUGAAGUUGUAAAGCUUUUAAUAGCUCACUCCAAUUAUAGUCUACUCUGUAGAGAAUCUGGUGGUAGAACGCCUCUUUUGACAGCAGCUAGGUUUGAUCAAACAGAAAUCUUGGAGUUCUUUAUGUCUCUCAACAUGUCUUUUGCUCAGCACUGUGUUUCUGGUUAUCAGAAUAAGGAUGAAUUUGAACUUAGCAAGACGGAGGAAUUCGAAUAUGAUAAAAACAUAUGUUUGAAUAACAUGUCAGUGUUUCACCUCAUCGCUGAGUAUGGAAGUUCGAAAACCCUAUUUAUGCUGUAUGAUAAUUUCAAAAACGCUUUCUGGACAGCGCGUGAUAUCUUUGGAGCAACACCUUUACACUAUCUAGCUUGUCAAGGAAGAGUUGAAUUGAUCAAUCAUUUUGAACGCAAUUACCAUGUCAAAUCCUACAAUGGUUCUACCCUAUUACACUCAGCAGCCAUAUGUAAGCAAUAUCCUUUUCUUGAUUUCCUUCUCACCCGAAUACCUCAAUCUCCUUUAGAUCAUAGGAAACAAGGCGUUGUUCAUUACCUUGCUCAGAGUGAAAGUUUUAAGUAUGAAAGUGUACAAUCCGUCAUUGACCACAACCAACCUUCAAGGAAAACAAUUUUGCGAAGAAUAAAACAAGAACUAUUCUUCAGAGAUGCAAUGAAGAGAACUCCGCUUCACUACGCGGCUAUUCAUGGAAAUAUCAAUUUUCUUCUGCUUUGUUUUGAACUCGAUCGGAGUCACAACAUUUGGAACGAUCUGUUUGAGCUUCGUGACAUCAACAAUGAGACAGUAUUGGAUUUGUUGUUUAAAAAUUUACCGCCAUACGAUAGUUUUCCAACAUCAAUUUCCACACGUUCAAAUUCCUUUGUUUUAAACCCACAUCAACAAUUUAUUUCUUUAAUUCUCGAUAAAUCCUUUUCAAGAAAUAUGAUAGAAAGGAAACUUCCGGUAUUCUGUGAGUACAGUGUACGACGUGGAUAUCCUCGAAUCCUUGAAAGACUUUUGAUAAAAUACCAGGAACAUGGUUAUCAUAUUAUCCAUUUUUAUAAAUGCAUAUCAAAAUGUUUUCAUAUAAUCCCUACCCUGGAUUAUAUAGAUCCAGCGUAUUUUGGUCUUAUCCCCUUAUCGUCUUUACUGGAAUGUAAUUGCAACAGUUCACAAGCGUUUACAUUUCAUAAGUUGAUGGAAGACCGCAAGAGAUCGUUUAGAAUGUAUUUAAAAACAGUAGUGAAUUUUAAGAUGAACUGUAGUUCUAUGGAUUUUUGCUAUGAUGACGAAGGAUAUAACCCUUUACAUAGGGCUGUUAUAGGCGGAAAUUAUGAUGCUUUCGAACUUUUAAUAAACAAUGGAAUGUCUGUGAAUGUCAGAAGUAAAGACGGAAGGGACGUUCUACAGCUAUUGAUUGCACACGCACCAUGCAUUCCAGACAAUUACGAUGUGCUGAAAAAAUGUCUUUAAA